UCUGGCCACUCUAAAAAGGCAUAAACUCUAAUUUUAACAUUAAAACUUGAUAGUUUUGAAUAUUUGUUUUGUGUUUUUAAAAUUAGGGAAUAUCUUCUUAAUACUUUUGGUAUAGAAUUGUCCAGAGUAUGUUAUUUACGAAAUUAAAAACGACAUCUGGCAAGUUUUACAUUCAACGAAUGAGGACUACGUGUUUAAUAGUAUAUAUACAUACAUACACAUACAUAAAAUUGUAAAAACAGACUAGGGAAAAACUAUUUGAACUCGAAAAGAGUUGAAUGGAGAGAGUGAAAUGCUAAUGGAUUAUGGUGACAUUGUUAGCUCCAUUCGGUAUAUAUGUAAUUAUGGCCUUCGUAUAAAAAGUUCUAACAGUGUGAUCAUACAUACAUACGAAUGCGUAUGCGCUUGAAUUUACAUUUGCAUCAAUAUCAACAUGCAUUAGAUUGGAGAGUCAACUGAUAUAGGCAAACCAUGGUCUGCUUAAGAAACUUAAUAGCUAUAAAGAAUUGAGGAAACAUCCUUUUUAUUGGAAGAAGGCCUAGGCACAAUGUUAUCAACACCAAAAAUGCCCCGCAGUCCAUUAGCUCAAACACAGACGCAAAUAUCAAGCGGCUCAGAUGCAUCAACAACAAGUGCACCUACUGCUCUGAGUAGGAAUUCUCCAAAGCCUGUUAAGAGCGAGCCCCCUUUCUCAACCUUGUCACCAGAUCAAAUCAAAAUAGAGGAAGAGAAGAAUGGUUUAUCAAAUAACGAUAAAAGCAUCGCCAAUCCAUCAGGAAGUACCAGCUCAAGCGGAGGUGGAAAUAAUAAUUCAUCUGCCGAAGGACAACCAUCUUCAAGCAGCCUAAAUUCACCAAACGAUAUGAGUGAACAUUCGAAUAGUAGCACUGUUUCUGCUGCGCUCAACAGCACUCAAAUGGUCGAAAGUGAUCUUGGUAACGGCAAGCAGGACGAAAAGAGUGCUCAUGGCAAGGAGGAAGAUGGUGAAAUGGGAUCCAGUAAUACGAAAGCAACGACUGCCAUUGCCAUUAAGGAGGAGCCCAACGCCGAUGUCCUAAGCAGUUUGGUGAAUAUGAAAAAGGAAGAAAGAGAUAACUCUCCAAACAUGUCGCCUGUGGGCUUUGGUUCCAUUGGUGGCAAUGCCCUGGACAUUGUCACCAUGACUGUUAAAACAGAAAUGAAUACAAGCAGCACAGAAAAGACAUCUUCGUCCUCAUUGGCCAUAAAUAAUAAUGACGAAAUGGGUAUAGAAAGUACUAAUUGCAAUAAUCAAAUGAACCCUGAUAUGAACAAUGAAACGUUGAGUAAUCCGCCAAUUUCGAGCAUACUCUCCUUAGGAACUGGUGUAGGAGUAGGGCCUGGGCCAGGAACUGGCUCUGUACCGGGAGGAGUACCAGGGAACAUGGUUGGCAACACUUCGAGUGGUGGCAGCAACAACUGCUUGGAUUACAUGCAGCAACAGAAUCACAUCUUUGUAUUUUCCACACAGUUGGCCAACAAAGGUGCCGAAUCAGUUUUAAGCGGCCAGUUUCAAACCAUUAUCGCUUAUCACUGCACCCAGCCGGCAACGAAAAACUUUCUAGAGGAUUUCUUUAUGAAGAAUCCAUUGAAAAUGAACAAGUUGCAGCAGAGACACUCGUCUUUGGUUAUGCCAUGGAUAGGCAUGGGACCGGGACCAGCAGUUGCUCUUCCCAAGCAGGCACAAAAAACGGCUGGCAACCUCUUAAAAAACCAAUAUAAUUCAAGUGAUAAUAAGCGCAACGCCUUUAUCGAUCCACCCGAUCCCCUGACAUCAAACGAAAGCGAUUUAAUGUGCUGGGAGAGUGGUUGUUCCGCGCCCAAUGCACGCAACAAUAAUAUCGAUGUUACCAGCGAAUCACAGGCCAUAAAGAUAUUGGAGGCCGCAGGAGUGGAUUUGGGACAGAGCUCCUCAUCAAAGGCAGGCAACAUCAUCGAUCAGAGCCAUGAAAGUAACAUUGUGUCGCUGCAAGGAGUCAAGGUUCCGGAUGAGAAUCUAACUCCCCAACAGCGCCAGCACAGAGAGGAGCAGUUGGCCAAGAUCAAGAAAAUGAAUCAAUUUUUAUUCCCUGAGAAUGAGAGUGCAUUGGGCGGUGGAACGAAGAUGUCAAAUGAAUUGAUGAUGGGCAUGCCAGGUACAGGAGGAGGAGGAGCCGGUGCAGGAGGAGGCGGAGGUGGCUCCAUCAUAAAUUCUCAAAUGCGACAAUUAAAACCAGAGCACCACAUUAUUACCACUGAUGAUGUCCUUCUGCCUGGAGAUGUUAUUUCCGAUAUAGGAUCUGUUAUAGGCUGCGGGCAAAAAAGCAACCUGCAAUGUGGCGGGCCGGGAUCAGGAUCAGGCGUCGAAGGAGUGGGAGGAAUGGUGAACUCAACUGAUCUAAUUUCUUCGUUUGGCAAUGAUAUAUCAAAGGAAUUACUUUCGAACCAGGAGCCAAAUCUAACUCAACCACAUGCUCAUCAACCUGGCGGCGGAGGAGGAAUGGCCCAUAUGGAAUGGUCCAAGAUGCAACAUCAGUUUUUUGAUGAUCGUUUAAAAGGUGGCAAAGCUAGACCAGUGGCAGGAGGAGGAGGAGGAGGACAGCAGCAGCAACAGCCGUCUUCUAAUCCUGUCGGUCAGCGCUCCUUGCAGGGACCACCGCCGCCAUAUCAUUCCACACAGAGAUCGGCCUCUGUGCCGAUAGCUACGCAACAAUCGCCGAAUCCCUCGAGUCCGAAUAACCUAUCUCUGCCCUCGCCGCGCACAACAACAACGGGCAGUGGAGGGGGAACUGUCAUGGGCUUGCCAACGAACUCGCCGAAUAUGGACGGCUCGACUGGGCAGGUAGUCGUGGCAUCUUCUGGAUCGCAGCAGUUAGGAGUUGUAGGGGGAGUACUUGGGACAUCUAAGAACUGCUUUCAAGCGGACGCCCAAGAAUCGCCGCCGAAUCAAAACCCAGCAAAUCGAAAUCGAAAUAAUUUACAUAGCAACCCAAGUACACCACUGUCUCAUUUAUCGCCCAAGGAAUUGGAAUCAUUUGGGCAGCCAUCGUCUGCUGGUGAUAACAUAAAAAGUCGACGACCCAGUCCAAGCCAAGGUGGUCCGCCAAGGUCCCCGUCGGGAAACAACAUAAUUGAAGCAAAUAUGGAGUCCCGCUUUGCUUCCUCGUCUAGUCCUGGCAUAGUCUUUAAUCCUCAUCCUCAUCCGCCGCAUUUACACCCUCAUCCGCAUAUGCAAAGCAAUGCCAAUUCAGCAUUAAAUGCAGCCUACAAAGUUAACACGCCGAAUAUACAAUUGGAGCGUCAAAUUUCUGGAGGAUCUGUACAGUUUGCUCGCCGUUCGGACAACAUACCUCUGAAUCCCAAUAGUGGCGGCACUCAUCGACCGUCGCCGCAAAACAAAAUGAUUAGCCAGAGCUUUGAUCCCAUCUCAUCGCUGGCCCAGAUGUCCCAACAGCUAACGAGCUGUGUGAGCAGCAUGGGGGGCAGUCCCGGUGGUGGUGCUCCUCCCGCGGGCAUGAAUAUGAAUAUACCGGAUAUGAACAUGGAGCAUGCAUUGCUAACUGGUCUGGAUUCUGCCACUAGUUUGGAUGCACUUAAUCAGACCAAUAGUUGUCAUCCCAUGAAUCCGGCAAUAAUGAAUUCGAUGGGUCAGCAGCGCCUGAUGAAUUCUAAAAUGUGUGGACCUGGUCCCAACUUUAAUCCAAAUUCACCCAAUGGCCUUGGCUCUGGUCAGCUGCCUGUGGCUGGUACCGGACCCUCACAAGCUAACUUUCAGGGCCAAGGUGCCGUCCCCCCCGGUGCCCGCCUAAUGGGCCGAAUGCCGCUGAAUUUCGGUUCAAAUUUCAAUCCCAAUAUUCAUGUUAAGGCCAGCACACCGAACACCAUACAGUAUAUGCCAGUAAGACCGCAAAAUGUUAGUAAUAACAACAAUAAUAACAAUAACGGAGCAGGAGGAGUGGGAACUGGAGGAGCUGGCAAUGUUCGAAUGCCGCCUAGCCUGGAGUUCCUUCAGAGAUAUGCCAAUCCACAAAUGGCUGGCGGAGGAGCUGCUGGCAAUGGUCCUUCGAUUGAUGGUGGCCCGGGAAUCAUGCCAGGCAUGCCGGGUAUGAUGGUGGGUCCUUCUGGGGCCGGUUCCAUGCUCAUGACUUCUCCCAACGAACAGCAACAGAAGAUGGCCCACACUCCGGGCAGUAACUAUUUUCAAAACUGUAAUCAACAACCAGCUAUUGUAGAGGAGGAAGGAGGAGGCGGAGGAGGACUUGAUCCUGGGAUGAUCAUUGGCCAUCAGCCAUCAAUGAUACGGGGCAUCCGUCCCCAUAACAGCAACAUGCUACGUCCGCAUCUCAUGGGUCCACGACUACAGCAGCCAGCUGUUAACAGACAAUUACCGUUUACAGGGCACGGAGCGGAUCUCGAUUGCAGCUCUGCAGGAGAUCCCACGGCAUUUUUUAACAGUGCCAGCGGUCAAUCAGCGGCCUUGUUGACAGCCUCCCAACAGCAGCAACAGUCCCAACAGCCUAAGUCUCAGCUUCUAAAGACCAUGAUGCCAGCGGGAAUAUGUCAGAACCAGUCGGGAGCAAGCGGAGGCGUUGGACAAAUGCAACAGCUACAAGGGCAAGGGCUGGGACCGGGACCGGGACCCAAUAAUAAUAACAUAAAUGUACCGUCUAACGGUGGAGUAGUUUCUAAUGUUAAUUUCGUGGGACCCUCUUCAAAUGAUCUAAAGUACGCGCAGCAAUAUCAUAGCUUCCAGCAGCAACUUUAUGCCACCAAUACAAGGAGUCAACAGCAACAGCAACAACAACAGCAGCAGAUGCAUCAGCAGCAGCAAGGCAAUAUGAUAACAAUGCCUCCAAACUUAUCACCAAAUCCAGCAUUUUUUGUUAAUAAAUAAAGUUAAUCACAGAACGCCGCCAGCUGUCUUCUGCCCUUGCCAUGUAGAUAGAGUGACUUGUAUUUGAGGCGAACUGUUCUAUUUCUCCAUUCUCCAACACUCGCUCGCCUCGAACCUCUGUCAAUAUCAUAAAGCCUUUGUAAUUGAACUGAGCAAUUCAACAAAAAUGCAGAGGAAAUGCUGAUCGGGCAGAGGAAAUGCCUACCAAGCGAAAUCGCAGAAAGUGUGCCCGUUAUAUAUCCAUACAAAAUACUAGUCUCCACACGUUAAAUCCAUCUCCCCACUUUCUAAGUAUGCGUUUUACACUACAGAUAUGUUCGAAAUAUGAAAAAAAUAAUUUAAAAUUUUUAGUUUAAAAACAUAAUAUUUGCUUAGAUUAUAGAAGCAAAAAAAAAAAAAAAAAAGGA